ACUCUAAGCGGAGAAUCUGGUGCUGGUAAGACUGUAAACACCAAGCGGGUCAUUCAGUACUUUGCCAUUGUCGCAGCCUUGGGCGACACACCGGGCAAGAAAUUAGCAGCUCUUGCCACUAAAACUGGGGGCACCCUCGAAGAUCAAAUCAUUGAGGCCAACCCAGCAAUGGAAGCUUUUGGCAAUGCCAAAACCAUCAGAAAUGACAAUUCCUCACGCUUUGGCAAGUUCAUCCGGAUCCACUUUGGCCCCUCUGGGAAGCUGGCCUCUGCAGACAUUGACAUCUAUCUUCUGGAAAAAUCAAGAGUGAUUUUCCAGCAACCCAAAGAGCGAAGCUACCACAUCUACUACCAGAUCCUCUCUGGGAAGAAGCCAGAGCUGCAAGAUAUGCUGCUGCUCUCCCUCAACCCCUAUGACUACCACUUCUGCUCCCAGGGUGUGACAACUGUGGACAACCUGGACGACGGCGAGGAGCUGAUGGCGACAGACCACGCCAUGGACAUCUUGGGCUUCAGCAACGAUGAGAAGUAUGGCUCCUAUAAAAUAGUGGGGGCUAUCAUGCACUUUGGCAACAUGAAGUUCAAGCAAAAGCAGCGAGAGGAGCAGGCAGAGGCUGAUGGCACUGAAAGUGCUGACAAAGCUGCCUACCUGAUGGGCAUCAGCUCAGCUGACCUCAUCAAGGGCUUGCUCCACCCUCGUGUGAAAGUGGGCAAUGAAUACGUGACCAAAGGUCAGAAUGUGGAGCAGGUUGUCUAUGCUGUGGGAGCCCUGGCUAAAGCCACCUACGAUCGCAUGUUCAAGUGGCUGGUGACUCGGAUCAACAAGACCCUGGACACCAAGCUGGCCAGGCAGUUCUUCAUUGGAGUGCUGGACAUUGCAGGCUUUGAGAUCUUUGAUUUCAACAGCUUUGAACAGCUGUGCAUCAAUUUCACCAAUGAGAAGCUGCAACAGUUCUUCAACCACCACAUGUUUGUCCUGGAGCAAGAAGAAUACAAGAAGGAAGGCAUCGAAUGGGUCUUCAUUGACUUUGGCCUGGACCUGCAAGCUUGCAUUGACCUGAUUGAGAAGCCAAUGGGAAUCCUGUCCAUCCUGGAGGAGGAGUGCAUGUUCCCAAAAGCCUCUGACAUGUCCUUCAAAGCUAAGCUCUACGACAACCACAUCGGGAAGUCGCCCAACUUCCAGAAGCCGCGGCCGGACAAGAAGCGGAAAUACGAGGCCCACUUUGAGCUGGUGCACUAUGCUGGGGUGGUGCCGUACAACAUCAUCGGGUGGCUGGACAAGAACAAGGACCCUCUGAACGAGACAGUGGUGACCGUCUUCCAAAAGUCCCAAAACAAGCUCCUGGCCUCCCUCUAUGAGAACUACGUGGGCUCUACUUCAGAGGAACCUCACAAGCCAGGGACCAAGGAGAAGCGUAAAAAGGCAGCUUCUUUCCAAACGGUGUCACAGCUGCACAAGGAGAAUCUCAACAAGCUGAUGACCAACCUGCGCUCCACUCAGCCCCACUUUGUCCGCUGCAUCAUCCCCAACGAGACAAAGACCCCAGGGGCCAUGGAUGCCUUCCUGGUGCUGCACCAGCUGCGGUGUAACGGUGUCCUGGAAGGGAUCCGCAUCUGCCGCAAGGGCUUCCCCAACAGGAUUCUCUACGCAGACUUCAAGCAGCGCUACCGUAUCCUGAAUCCAGCAGCCAUCCCAGAUGACAAGUUUGUGGACAGCAGAAAAGCCACAGAGAAGCUGCUGAGCUCCCUGGAACUGGACCACUCACAGUACAAAUUUGGUCAUACCAAGGUGUUUUUCAAGGCUGGUUUGUUGGGCUUGCUGGAGGAGAUGCGAGAUGAGCGUCUGGCCAAGAUCCUGACCAUGCUGCAGGCCAGAAUCCGCGGGCACCUCAUGCGCAUUGAGUACCAGAAGAUCAUCAGCAGAAGGGAAGCCCUCUAUACCAUUCAGUGGAACAUCCGGGCCUUCAAUGCUGUCAAGAACUGGUCCUGGAUGAAGCUGUUCUUCAAGAUCAAGCCUUUACUCAAGUCUGCUCAGACAGAAAAGGAAAUGUCCAACCUGAAGGAGGAGUUCCAGAAGCUGAAGGAGGCUCUGGAGAAGUCUGAGGCUAAGAGGAAGGAGCUGGAAGAGAAGCAGGUCUCCAUGAUCCAGGAGAAGAAUGACCUGGCUCUCCAGCUGCAGGCAGAGCAAGACAACCUGGCAGAUGCAGAGGAACGCUGUGACCUGCUGAUCAAGUCCAAGAUCCAGCUGGAGGCCAAGGUGAAGGAGCUGACAGAGCGUCUGGAGGAUGAGGAGGAGAUGAACUCAGACCUCACCGCCAAGAGGCGCAAGCUGGAGGAUGAGUGUGCAGAGCUGAAGAAGGACAUUGAUGACCUAGAGAUCACACUGGCCAAGGUGGAGAAGGAGAAGCAUGCCACAGAGAACAAGGUUAAAAACCUGAUUGAAGAGAUGGCUGCUCUGGACGAGAUCAUUGCCAAGCUGACCAAAGAGAAGAAAGCACUGCAAGAGGCCCAUCAGCAGGCCCUGGAUGACCUGCAGGCUGAGGAAGACAAGGUCAACACACUGACCAAAGCCAAGGUCAAACUGGAGCAGCAAGUGGAUGAUCUGGAAAGCUCUCUUGAACAAGAAAAGAAAGUCCGCAUGGACCUGGAAAGAGCAAAGAGGAAGCUUGAAGGAGACCUGAAGCUGACACAAGAGUCUGUAAUGGAUCUGGAGAAUGACAAACAGCAGCUGGAGGAGAGACUCAAAAAGAAAGACUUUGAAAUGAGUCAACUGAAUUCAAGGAUUGAAGAUGGGCAAGUGACUGAGGCCCAGCUGCAGAAGAAGAUCAAGGAGCUCCAGGCCCGCAUCGAGGAGCUGGAGGAGGAGCUGGAGGCCGAGCGCGCCGCCAGGGCCAAGGUGGAGAAGCAGCGGGCGGAGGUGUCGAGGGAGCUGGAGGAGCUGAGCGAGCGGCUGGAGGAGGCCGGGGGGGCCACGGCCACGCAGCUGGAGAUGAACAAGAAGAGGGAGGCCGAGUUCCUGAAGCUGCGGAGGGACCUGGAGGAGGCCACCCUGCAGCACGAGUCGACGGCGGCCGCGCUGCGCAAGAAGCACGCGGACAGCGUGGCCGAGCUGAGCGCGCAGCUCGCCAACCUGCAGCGUGUCAAGCAGAAGCUGGAGAAGGAGAAGAGUGAGAUGAAGAUGGAGGUGGAUGACCUGUCGUCCAACAUCGAGUACCUCACCAAGAACAAG